AUGCCGAAAGUUGCGCGUGGUCAUCCAUCUGAGCUGAUUCUCCAUCACCAAGGCAUGAUGCCGGGGAACUUGGCCGCUGUCAACCUCAUUCCUUCUACCAAAGGCGCAGUUAUAGUACUCACAAACUCCCUAGCUCUCAACGGCACUGCAGACUGGCUUGGUCAGCUAUACUUAGAUGCCUAUCUCGAUGUUGCUCAUAGGAACGACUACGCAUCCUUGUCAGAAGAGACAGCGGAAGCCACUCUCAGCUGGCAUUCCGAUGUUCUGGCCGAACUUGAGAAAGAUCGGAUCCCAGGGACUGUUGCACGAAAUCUGUCCGAGUAUACUGGCAGAUAUUUAACGAGGCUGGAACUAUGA